AACCUCUCACCGACUCACCAUGCCGUCUCUCGGUCGGUCUCUCCAGCCAGUCUCUGAGUUUCCUCUCCUCUAAUCCUCUACCACACUCUUGCUCAAACUAUGCCCUCAUCUCCACGGACCUUCACAGUGAUUCCCUUCAGUUCUCAACCUCGCCGUCACCACAACCCCUGGCCCCAACUGCCCUGCAACGCUCGCCGCUCACCUCCAGCUGAGCUCCAAGGCUGCAGCUGGGUCAUCUCAUCCCACCUCUCACCGUGGCAUCGUGUUGUCAGCCCAUCACUGCAAGUCAACAACGCUCCUCACUCACCACCGCUCACCUCCAGCUUGUUUUAAAAGAGUGAUCUUGAUCAUCUUUGUUUGCUAUAUAGGAUUCUGUAAAAUUGCUAUUUUCUUUUGGAAUUUUGAUUAACAAGCA